AGCUAAUCAUGGCGGCGCCCUGUCGACUUCUAUCAAGGUUGGCGGUUGUGUCAGGAGGAGGCAGUGGCAUUGGAAGAGCUGUAUGCCAGAGGUUUGCUUCAGAAGGUGCUUCAGUAGUUGUAGCUGACUGCAACAGAGAGUCAGCCUAUGAGACACUUGAACUCCUUUCGCAUGACCACAGAGGACAGGAACAUAUGGUUCUGGGAGUGGAUGCAUCAUUAAAGGAUAGUGUGGAGAGACUACUGAAUAAUAUACAGAGUCAUUACUUCCAGCCACCCUCUGUGUGUGUGAGUGCUGCUGGCAUUACACAAGAUGGGUUUAUACUGACAAUGCAGGAGGAGGACUUUGACAAGGUCAUUCAAGUUAAUCUUAAGGGUACUUUCCUUCUAACUCAGGCAGUCUCCAAGGCUCUUGUUGCUGCUGGUGCUACUAAGGGCUCCAUCAUCACUGUGGGUAGCAUAGUGGGCAAGGUGGGGAACAUUGGCCAGAUUAACUAUUCCGCCUCUAAAGCUGGAGUGGAGGGGCUCACUAGAACUGCAGCAAAAGAAUUGAGCAGAUAUGGGAUCCGUUGCAACUGUGUCUUACCAGGGUUCAUUGCCACACCUAUGACAGAAAAAGUGCCAGAGAAAGUCAUGAAUAAGAUCACCCCAUAUAUUCUGAUGGGCAGGAUGGGGAAGCCUACAGAGGUUGCUGAUGUUUGUGCAUUUUUGGCAUCAGAUGAUAGCCGGUAUAUAACUGGAGUCAGCAUCGAAGUUGCAGGAGGCCUGUUCCUUGGCUGAUGCUUGGUAUUCCACACUCCAAUGCACUGAUAAAAUAUCCAAAUGUUAAUAAAAUAUAUGUACAUGUAAUUUUUUUGUCAACUGUUCUGAUGUAAAAAUGUUAUGUAAUUAAAUAUAAAACAAUCUUAUUUAAAUAUUUUUUAAUAAUGUAACAGAUAUUAAUCUCCAAUGUAGGAUGUACAGUAUAUAAAGUCUGUGUGUUGGCAACAUUGUUUUACAUUAAAAACAAUAUUGCUAACAAUAUUGUGAUACCAAAUUAAAUUUUAAGACUUUGGUGCAAGCAACAUUUGACCAUAAUUUUGAACAACAUCGUAAAUAAAAACAAGUGAGUCAUGAAUGCCUUUUUUAAAAGAUUAUAUAUUACAGUAUUGUCCUACUGAGAAGAUCAAACAGACAUUGUUUAAUAAUUCAUAAAUACUGUUGCAUUUUCCAUCCCCUUGUGAUAUAUCAAGAAAAACAAACAAAUUCACAAUGUCUCAUAAAAUGGCAGAUUGGCCAUAUUUUUGGUUAUGUAUAAUUUUUAUUGUUGAUAUUUGCCCUUCCUCCCACUUGUUCACCGUCCUCGUUGUGGCUGUUCAUUUGUGGUUGCAUCCCCAUGCCUCAAGAUUGUCUUUCUACAACUAAAAUCCACUAAAUCUCCACAAUGUCUCCUAUGUAUUUCACAAGCAAAGAGUGUAAUGUACAGAGAAAAGUGUACAUAGAAGGCAGAUUAAUUGUCUCAGGUUUUAAUGUGUAAUGAAUUAGAAAACUACAGGAAAAAAAAUACAGAUUAAAUACCACAUUUUAAUUUGUACUGCAAGUGUUUUGGUCUUUAGUAAUCUUGUUUGAUUCUGUUAAAAAAUAAAUACAUUAAAAUAG